AUGUAGAAAAUAUAAGAUGACUAAUAAUAUAUAAAAAAUACAAAGAGCAUGCAAAAGAUGGUAGAAAUUGCAGAUAGAUUAGCAUCAACAACUCCUGAUUUAACGAAAUUUAUUAAUUCUGAGGCAAUCUUAAAACCGACGAAAAUGUAAAUUGAUCAAUAAGGUAAGAAAGGGGAUCCAAAUGAUCCAAAAAAUAAGAAGAAGCAAAUCUAAUAGAGUACUGUUAUUACAAAAAAUGAAAUGACUGCAUAAGAUUGGAUAUUAAAGUGUUAAGAAUUGUAGGCAAUUUUGGAAAAAGAAAAAAUGAGAACAAAUUAAUUGGAAUUAGAACUAAAAAAUAGAUAGGAAAGAUUUGUUAAUAGAGAAAUUGAAUAUAGAAAAACAAUAGAAGAAUUAUAAUCUGAAUUAAGGGCUAAAACAGCUUUGGAUUAAGGAGAUAGAAAAAUAAUGGAGAAUAUUUAUAAGGAUCACAAUAAGAUUAUCGAGGGAAUCAAUAAUAUUCAAUUAAGAACAUCAAAAAUAUUGGUGGAUUAGGAGAGGGAUAUUAUUCGAUUUUUUAAUAAUAAAAUCAAUGAAAUAAAGAAGCAGUUUGAAGAGGAAAGAAUUAAGAAAGGUAAAAAUGAUUAGGAGUAUAUUGAGAAAGAAAAUUAAUUGAUUAGUGAAUUAGAAUGGAUUAAAAACAUAGCUUAAAAAAUAGAUAAUGAAAAUCAUUCUCUGAUGUAAAAAUAUAAAGAAUUAAAAAUAUAGUAUUAGACAUAAGAGAAUGAUAGAGAAAUGCUUUUAAAAGAGUUAAUAAUGAAAAAGAAAAAAAAUGCCAUUCUUAAAUCAUAAAUAUAAUAAUAUGAGAAAUUAUUGAAUGAAGUUUAAAAGGAUGAGGUGGAAUAAGAUGAUCAAUCCUUUGAUUAACCAUCCUAUCAAGAUAUUGUAAGACCUGGAAGUAAAGCUAAGGUGAGAAUUAGGUCUGUGAAGAAUUUAGCCUAAUCGUAGAAUAGAUAAAAUAAGGAUGAAUAAUUAUCAAAAAAUCCCUCUUAAAUUCAAUAACAAUAAUUGCAAGGAUCAUAAUCAAUUCAAUAAACUUUGUAAAGGUAUGAGAAAACAAUAAAAUCUUUGCAAUCAACAUUAAAAAAGGAAUAAAAGAGAGUGAGAGAAUUGAAAUAAUUGUACAUUAAGGAAAUGCAAAGUAAAUCAGAAUUAGAAGUAAUUUUAAGGAAGUGCAUAGAUGAUAUCAAGGAAGAAAUCAUACAAAUCAAAGGAGAAGCUAGAAUAUUCAAUAAGAAUAAUAAAAAUAAAUUGGAUUAAUUGGAGAAGGAAGAUAGAGAUAAAUUAAUUCAAACAUUAUUAGACAAUGAAAAGAUAGUGACAUUAAUACAUGACUAGAUAUUUUAUGCAAAUAAAAAGAAGGUCGAUAUUGAUGAGCUAAAUACAUCAAAAUAAUAAUAGCCACAAUAAUAAAAGCUAUUCUAAUUUCCGAAUAAAUAAAUACUAUAACAAUAAUCUUAAUAAAGAGAAUAAGAGGAGGAAGGGUUUGAUGAUGGAGAGAAUCCAGAAGAUGAGUUUUGA